AUGCCUUCGAAAAACUCUAUUGGUUUUGAUUGUUUAUAUCAUUGGGUUGCUGAUAAUAAUAAUUUACCAAAACUUAAAGCGGAUACUCGUAUUGUGGCUAUACGUUUUUGUCGACAAUCAACAAUUCAUACAGAAGAUCAGUCAUUAUCUAUUGAAAACUCAACAAUUACCAAUGGUAAACAAUGGACAUUUAGUGAGCUUCGCCAAAUGAAUAUUUCAGCUCGUCAGUUAGUGGAUUGGUAUGCACCGUUAGAUCUCAUAGAAGAGUAUUUAUUAGAAAAAGAAAUAGGAAUAUUUGUUAAUUGUUCUCGAAAGAAACAUUUCGGGCCGCGGUGUCAAUAUAGUUUUGAUUCUGCUGAAGAAUUGAAGGAAAUCAUAUGGAAUCAGUUUGAUACUAAAUAUUAUUCCCAAAAUGAUGUUUUAUCGGUUACAAAUGGAACAUGUUACAUGAUACCCAAUAAUCAAUGUCAAUCCAUUUUAUGCUUGGAUUGGCGUGAGAUUUGUGAUGGUAAGUUCUUUUGAUCAAUCUAAUCCUAUAUACAAUUCAAUUAGAUUUGUUUCAUUGAUCAAAUUUUUUCUCAAAUCAACAUUUUAUUUAGAUAAAAAAUCUUUUCUUAGUAAAAAUCAUAUUUAUUAAGCGUCACGCUUAGCUGAAGCAAUAUGAGAAACAUCCGUUGUGAUUUAUCUUUCUUCUGAAAAUCUGACGUUUCUAAGAUACGUACAGGAAGAUAAGGAUAAAGCAGUUAAUAUUUAGUUUCUCAAAAACAAUGUUGCACCGUUCGAAUUAAAUGCCAAUUAAAUCCUGUUCAUAACACUUCUUUUGUAUAGAUCAAUUGUGCAGAGGUUUUAUCUCUUUUCUGAUACGAGCGUAACGAUAAUACGAUCUGACAGGACAAGCAGGAAUGAAUUAUUCGAGAGAAAAAUAGUACUGCAUACACAGUGGUAGGUUUGAAUUGAAUGCAAACUUUCGAGUUCGGUCAUUUUUUGAGCAAUCGAUAGGAGCGUGUAGAAAUGAAAUAAAAGAAGGAGUUUCGGAAAUGUUUAUAAUAAGACUACAUAAAGUAAAACAAACGUUUCAAAAACUGGAAGCUCAAAGAUAUUCGAAAUAGUCGAGCCUGGACGUAAACUCACUGAUGUCAAAACGAAAACUUAAAUUCACUUCUAGUGCAUGUCUACUCACUGAGCUGUAGUAACUGUCGAACGCAUUAAGUUUAAAAAACCCUUUAAUUAAAGCUUGACGUCCAAAGAGUACUUUAAACUUCAACAAUAAUGUUGAAGUCAUCAUCAUCAUAUCCCAUAGGCUUGGCGCCCGUUGGGUCCAACCAUUUACGGGAUCAGAUUUUUCCAUGCCCGUCUAUCUUGCGCAAGGUGGAGCAAGUCGUGUCCACUACGUUGACACCAUUCCGUUAUGUCAUCGAGCCACUCUCUGCACGGCCGUCCUCUUCGAGAUUUUCCGUCCAUUUGUGAAAAUAGAACGUGUUUGAUCAGCCUGUUAUCUCCCA